AGUUUAGGUUAGGUUUAGAACUUGAAACACACCAGCGAACCAACCCGGAGCACGGGAUCUGCAGCAAGUCCCGCAUCCGAUCAACAGUGCAAAUCACCGAAAACCGUCUGCAAUCAAUGGCCUCGCUGCUGAAGCUCUCGGUUACCGGGCUCCGGGCGUACGGUGCCCGCAGCCACCAGCUGUUAUUACGGCGCAACAAGGUAUCCAAUGCCGAUCAGUUCCGGGCUGCCCUGGUCAACGUACCACCGACCGAGGUGACGACGCUUGACAGCGGGCUUCGGGUAGCAAGCGAAGAUUCGGGCUCGCAGACUGCCACGGUCGGCCUGUGGAUCGAUGCUGGUUCCCGCUACGAGGACAACAGCAACAACGGUGUGGCGCACUUCCUCGAACACAUUGCGUUCAAGGGCACGGCCAAGCGCUCGCAGACCGAUCUCGAGCUGGAGGUGGAGAACAUGGGGGCGCACCUGAACGCGUACACGUCCCGUGAGCAGACCGUCUUCUACGCCAAGUGCCUGGCGAAGGACGUGUCGCGCUCGGUCGAGAUACUGUCCGACAUAAUCCAGAACUCAAAGCUGGGUGAGGCGGAAAUCGAACGCGAACGAGGCGUGAUCCUGCGCGAGAUGCAGGAAGUCGAAAGUAACCUGCAGGAGGUGGUGUUCGAUCAUCUGCACGCGACCGCCUACCAGGGAACCCCGCUCGGCAACACCAUUCUCGGCCCGACCAAGAACAUCCAGUCGAUUGGCAAGGCCGACCUACAGGCGUACAUCAGCACCCACUACAAGGCACCGCGCAUCGUGCUGGCCGCAUCCGGUGGCGUACAGCACGGCGAGCUGGUCAAGCUGGCCGAGCAGCACCUAGGCAAGAUCAGCUCGACCGUCGACGGUGCGGCUCAGCUGUCACCGUGCCGCUUCACCGGUUCGGAGGUGCGCGUCCGGGACGAUUCGCUGCCGCUCGCGCACGUAGCCAUCGCCGUCGAGGGGUGCGGUUGGACCGACCAGGACAACGUACCGCUGAUGGUGGCAAACACGCUCAUCGGUGCGUGGGAUCGCUCGCAGGGCGGUGGUGCUAACAACGCGUCCCAACUGGCGGUUGCGUCCGCCACCGACAACCUUUGCCACAGCUACCAGUCGUUCAACACCUGCUACAAGGAUACCGGUCUCUGGGGCAUCUACUUCGUGUGCGAUCCGCUCCGGUGCGAGGACAUGCUGUUCAACGUGCAGGGCGAGUGGAUGCGCCUCUGCACGAUGGUUACCGAGGCCGAGGUCGAGCGCGCCAAGAACCUGUUGAAGACGAACAUGUUGCUGCAGCUGGACGGGACAACGCCGAUCUGCGAGGACAUCGGGCGCCAGAUGCUGUGCUACAACCGGCGCAUUCCGCUUCACGAGCUCGAGCAGCGAAUUGAUAGUGUUACUGCUCAGAAUGUGCGCGAUGUGGCCAUGAAGUACAUCUUCGACCGCUGCCCAGCCGUCGCUGCCGUCGGUCCGGUCGAAAACCUGCCCGAUUACGUCCGUAUCCGCUCCUCCAUGCACUGGGUUCGCGUCUAGACGAAGGGCGCUAAAACAUCGGCCCCGUCUCUCCAUCCGAGGCGGUUGCAAUACCGUGGCCGUAUACCACACCACACUCGUUCCUUCCGUUUCUUUUAUAAAUAGUAGGAAAAAGCAAAUUUCAGGAGAACGAUUAUUGCGUAAUAUAAAGCGAUAAACAAUAAAUGUAAAAAGCAAA